AUGAAGCGCAUUUUUCGAAGAAGUGACACAUACAUUACUGCUGAUGAACAACUAAACCGUAUUAUGAAUGCCUUACUAUUGUGCUCAGGCUUAGCCGUCAUAGCAUGUGGCACAUAUGUAGGUGUAGAUUCCUCUGAAACCAACACGCUACUCAGUCUGAAUGUUCUUGAUGCCACCAAUACCCUAUUUCUGUUGUCCGGCUGCCUGACUGUUAUUUUUUCAAUAUUCAGCUGCUUCGAUGUCAGCAAGCCGACUGUUCUUUGCCUCUUCAGUUACGUGUUCGUCAUUGUUUUUGUUCUGCAGUGUAUGGUGUCGGCUGUUUCAUUCGCUUGGAGGGUAGAAAUUGAAUACUAUGCUUCUCGGGAACUGUCCGAUUUCAUUGAAAAAGGUGACGACGCGAGUGUGAGUAGUAAGACUAAGUUUGCUGUUCUGAACAACAUUCAAUUGAUGUCCACUUGUUGUGGUGCUCGUGGUCCGAGAGACUGGAAUUCGAGUAACUGGGUGAUACGUCCUUUUUUACCUUACUCCUGUUGCAGUGCAACUGUGAAAGAAUGUAGUAUGGAUAAACUGGAAAACGUCCAUUCAGAAGGAUGCUUGACUGUUAUUAUCGGCAGUUACAGGAUAUACUUUCUAAUGAUGGGUUUGGUAUCUCUUUCGGUGUCUGUGUUCCAACUGGUGUUCUUUCAUGCAGUCAAUUAUGUCAUGUUUUAUCUGAAAUCUUCUCUAUAA